UCCAGUUAGAAGAGGAUAUCUUAGAAAGGAUGACCUAUUUGUGGCAUGACAUCAGCACACUAAAAGGCAGAGUACAGUCACUCACAGAUAAAAUCAAGGUUGCCUUUAAGGCCACAAUGGACCCAAAUAUUGCCGUUAUGGUUCCUGGAUCAACGGAACGAUGCUUUGGUCCAUUCAAUAUUAAUAUUCCAGUUCCCUUCUCCUCUGUCCUUCUUAACAGUGGCAAUGGAUAUAACCCGUCCUUGGGUAUCUUCACUGCCCCCUUUCCUGGUGUUUACGUCUUUUCUUUCACAACCUACUCAUCUGUGGGAGAGAGUGGGCGCCUCUACCAUAAAGUCCAGCUCAUGAAGAAUGGGAAGCGUGGAGCCGGUGUGUGGGAGAACAAUCGAGAGGAUACAGAGGACAGCGCCACGCAGGUUGUUGCACUGGAGAUGCAGAAGGGCGAUCAGGUCUACCUUGAUCUGAUGUCCGGGAGGAAACUCUGUACAAAUCUUCAGUACAAUGUCUUCACUGGUUACAUCCUGUACCCCUACAUUGCUGCCUAA